CCGCAAGUGAUCAACCAGGCCUUGGCGAUGCCGGCCAACGGAUCUAGCAGCCUCUACUACUUCAACUACCUGGAUUCGGCCUCGUACCACCCGUCGGAGCUGCUCCACGGCCAGCUCUUCGCCUCCAGCCUUCUCCACUCGCCCAACCCGGCGGCCGCCUGGUCGGGGGCGAGAGGCACGUCGGCGGCGUCGGCAAAGGCCACCACGGGAAGCUCGGGCCAGGCGGGCGGCGGCGGCGGCGGCGGAGCCUCGGCCGACGGGAAGCCCAAGAACUUUACCUGCGAGGUGUGCGGCAAGGUGUUCAACGCCCAUUAUAACCUCACCCGGCACAUGCCGGUCCACACGGGAGCCAGGCCCUUCGUGUGCAAAGUUUGCGGGAAAGGCUUCCGCCAGGCCAGCACUCUCUGUAGACACAAAAUCAUCCACACGCAGGAAAAGCCCCAUAAAUGUAGCCAGUGUGGCAAAGCCUUCAAUAGAAGUUCCACGUUAAACACUCAUAUUAGGAUCCACGCGGGCUACAAACCUUUCGUUUGUGAAUUUUGUGGCAAAGGAUUUCACCAAAAAGGGAAUUAUAAAAACCACAAACUGACUCACAGCGGCGAGAAGCAGUACAAGUGCACCAUCUGCAACAAAGCUUUCCACCAGAUCUACAACUUGACCUUCCACAUGCACACGCACAACGACAAGAAGCCUUUCACCUGCGUCACUUGCGGCAAGGGCUUUUGCAGGAACUUUGACUUGAAGAAACACGUGCGGAAGCUGCACGACACGGUCGCCGCUGCCGCCGCCGCGCCCGCAGCCAAAGAGCUCUGUCGGACCGCGCAAAGUUAGACGGGCGGCGGGGGCAGCCGGGCUGGACAGGAGGCGGGCGGGCGGGCGAGCGGUGCAGGGAGGGCGCGGAUCAACCCCAGCGCCUUCUUCCCAGCGAAAGACUCCCAGAGAUCUUUCCUCCCGAGAAACCAACCACCAACAACCACCAAAGCCGAUCUCCAAGCUGCUGAGACCAUCGUUUUUCCGU